UCGGGUUUUCGCGUGUUCUUGCUUAGUUUCCUACUGCUCGCGGCAUUGCGGCCAUGGCCACCCCGAAAUCUAUGCGGCUUCUCUGGUUUCCCGCGAAUUUCUCACAGAAUGAAAUCGUAACCCUAACCCCAACCUCAACCUCAACCUCAACCUCAAUCUCACUUCUCUUAUGUCCUCGCCUUCUCCUGUUGCUCAACCUUUACGUUCUUUAUUGUCUUCUUUUCGGUUUUGUUUUUCUCCUUCCAUUCGAUACUGUUGCUGCAUGGUGCUUCUCUGGCUCGCAGGGGUUCUCAGGAUUGGGAAAAUACGUCCGCGAUAUGGAAGAUGAAUAGCAGCGAUCCUUCCUCGGCGCCGAUUUUCCGCCCUUUUCGGCGAACUCCUCCGCCGAUUCACGAUCGAGAGCCGCCAUGGCAGUAUCAAAUUUUGGAGAUAUUCACCGAAAAAAAAAUCUUGGAUCCAGGUGGCAGGAUCGUGACGCAGUGGAAUCAUGUCUUCCUUGUGUCCUGUCUGAUUGCGCUCUCCCUCGACCCCCUCUAUUUCUAUCUUCCCCAUGUUGGAAGUCCCGGCUGCUUGUCUUUGGACAUCAAAUUGGGCAUCGUUGUGACCUUUUUCCGGUCGGUGGGCGAUCUUUUCUAUUUGUUGCAUAUGAUUAUGAAAUUUCGGACAGCGUUCGUUGCACCUAGUUCUAGGGUUUUUGGGAGGGGCGAGCUUGUCAUGGAUGAACGAGAGAUUGCAUUACGAUACUUGAAGUCGGAUUUUGUAAUUGAUCUUGCCGCAACUCUCCCUCUCCCGCAGAUCGUCAUCUGGUUUAUAAUGCCAGUAGUGAAGGAUUACACUAGUGAUCACACUAACAACACACUUUCUUUGAUUGUUCUCUUUCAGUAUGUUCCUAGAUUAUUUCUAAUUUUCCCUUUGAAUCGUCGGAUCAUUAAAAAUACUGGAGUUGUUGCUAGGACUGCUUGGGCAGGAGCUGCAUACAAUCUCCUCCUGUAUAUGCUGGCUAGUCAUGUUUUGGGAGCUUCCUGGUAUCUGUUGUCCAUCGAACGACAGCAUACCUGCUGGAGAGAAGAGUGUGAAAAGGAGACUGCUAUGCUGCGUCCAUGUAAUUUUAAUUUUCUGGAUUGUAGCAAUUUGGAAAAAAACGAUCGGAAAUCUUGGUUGAAUAAGACUCAUGUUCUUUCUAAUUGCGAUAUUUUAAAUCCUAAUAUCCAGUUUGAUUAUGGAAUGUAUGAAGAUGCUGUAACGAAUGAUGUUGUUACAUCAAGGUUCUUGGAGCGGUAUUUCUAUUGCCUUUGGUGGGGUUUGAAAAGUUUAACUUCAUAUGGUCAAGGCUUGGGAUCAACCACAUCUGUUAAUGAGACAUCAUUUUGCAUUCUAAUAUGCAUUGUGGGUCUAGUUCUAUUCUCCCACUUGAUUGGAAACAUGCAGACCUAUCUUGCAUCUAUGACUGUGAGACUCGAAGAGUGGAGAGUUAAGAGAAGAGACACUGAAGAGUGGAUGAAGCAUCGCCAACUACCUCCUGAUCUUCAAGAGCGGGUUCGCCGGUUUGUUCAGUUUCAAUGGCUAGCCACAAGAGGAGUAGAUGAAGAGUCUAUAUUGCGUUCCUUACCUUUGGACCUUCGUCGUGAAAUUCAACGGCAUCUCUGUCUUGCUCUUGUCCGCCGUGUGCCUUUUUUCUCACAAAUGGAUGAUCAGCUCCUGGAUGCUAUAUGUGAACACCUGGUCUCAUCUUUGAGUACCCAAGACAACUACAUUGUUCGUGAAGGUGAUCCAGUUAAUGAGAUGCUCUUCAUUAUCAGAGGGCAACUUGAGAGCUCCACAACCAACGGAGGAAGAUCUGGAUUCUUCAAUUCCAUCACACUCAGACCUGGUGAUUUUUGUGGUGAAGAGUUGCUGACUUGGGCUCUAAUGCGUAACCCAAGCCUGAAUCUGCCUUCUUCGACCCGAACAGUCCGAGCCCUUAGUGAAGUUGAAGCAUUUGCACUUCGUGCUGAAGACCUCAAGUUUGUAGCCAAUCAAUUUAAGCGUCUGCACAGCAAGAAGCUCCAGCAUGCCUUCAGGUACUAUUCCCAUCAAUGGAGGACAUGGGGAGCAUGCUUUAUACAAGCUGCAUGGAGACGGAACAAGAAGAGAAAGCUAGCAAAGGAGCUGAUGAUGCAUGAAAGCUACUAUAAUAUACCAAUUCCAAACCAAGAGGACUAUGGUGGUGAGGCUCUGGAUGUGUACUAUGAGGAUGAUGGUACUGAAAGAUUGUCGACAGAGAAUGCAUACAACACACAACACCUUGGGGCCACAAUCCUGGCUUCAAGGUUCGCUGCAAAUACAAGAAGGGGAGCUAACCAAAAGUUUAAGGUGGUUGGCCCUUCUGCCCCCAGCUUAAAGAUGCCCAAGCUUUUCAAGCCAGAAGAGCCUGAUUUUUCUGAAGAGUGA